AUGAAGUUCUCUGCCGCUACUGUCGCUUCCGCUCUUGUCAGCCUUGUCGCUGCCGAGGCACCUUGUCCCACCAUCACCACCAGCGCCGAUGUGUGCAGCACGUGCCUUGCCAAUGCCUGCCUGGCCUACGAGACGGUGCAUGUCCCCAGCGGCUGCGACGUGUCGACCGAGACGCUCAGCUAUCCGUGCUCUGAGAGCAAGUGCCCUGGAGGGCGCUGCGGAGGUACGAGCUAUGUAUACGUCCACGAAGCUACUGCGACACCUACUGCCACCGAUGGUCCUGCCUGCCGUGCCAACUGA